AAACCUGCAGUUCCACAACAAAAAAGAAAGAAAGAUAAAAAUGUCUGCAGUCACAGAAGAAAUCAAGGCAAGUGCAACAGAAGUGUACCAUGGAAAUGAAAUCUGUCAAGUAAAAUCAAAAUUUCUUCUCACAGAAAUGGGUUUACCAAAUGGCCUUCUGCCCCUCAAAGAUAUGGAGGAAUGUGGGUAUGUCAAGGAAACCGGCUUUGUGUGGCUCAAACAGAAGAAAAGAACUGAUCACACCUUCGAAAAAAUUGGAAAGCUCACUUCUUAUGCUAAUGAGGUCACGGCGGUUAUCGAGAAAGGCAAGAUCAAGAAACUAACUGGUGUCAAGUCUAAGGAGCUCUUGUUGUGGAUCAAACUUAGUGAUAUUUAUGUUGAUGAUCCUCCUACUGGGAAGAUCACUUUCAAGACUCCAACAGGUCUGUACCGGACCUUCCCUACGUCUGCUUUCGAGAUUGAGGGUUGUGAAGAACCCACUGGUGAAGUGAAGGAGGCCUGAUUGCCUAUGAAAAUGCACAGUUUGGUUCAUCAAAUUUUCUGUGAUUCUACUAUUAUUGUUGUUUGUAUUUCAAGAAUGUACUGCUGUUAUGCAGAGCUAAUCAUUUAGGCCGACAAUAAAUGCAAUUUUGUGUGUAACAAAAGCGAUAAGCCUCUAUGUUUUUCUACUAAAACCUGCUGUCCAUUUGAAUUGUAUUCAGAUCAUUCCAGAUC